AUGGUUUCUCCACUGAACCCAGAAGCUCUGGAAUAUUUACCAAGGCACAAUCACAAGCUUCAGCAACAACAACAGCAAGUACUUCAACCUCAACCCCUUCCUUGUUCCACUUUCCCUCCCACUUCCAUUUUUACUCCUCACUGCAACUUCUUGUUACUGUUCUCUUCAUUUCCCUCACGUCAUCCUUAUAACCCCUUCUAUUAUCCCACUCUAACACUUCCACCAUUACCACCUUCUUCCAUUCCCUUAGCACUAGAAGCUGAUCAACCAACUCGUUUUCAUGAAAUAAAAAAUGGUUCUGAUUCUGAUUCUGAUUCUAACCCGGUUGAAGCACAUGCAGUGAACAAGAAGAAGGAUCAAAUGGUAAUAGCUGAAGAACCAAAAACUGGUUGUGGUUCGAUAGGAUUUGUAAAGAAGCGAGCUUUCAAGGCUUACAUUAAUGGCCGGUGUCUUGAGAGUUGGAGACAAAAGAGUUACCCGCCGAGAAGGAAGGUGGAAGAAAAUGGUCAACGUAAAAGUGUUGACUUUUUGAGGAACCGAAAGGUUUUUAGGCACCACCCAGCAAAUGAACCCUUCAGGGGUUUUCCCAAGAGGAAUCGUUUUAAUCCCUCGUUGCCUGUUAGGGAUGGCGAAACCACUGUGAUGAUCAGAAAUAUUCCCAGCAAAUACACCCGAGAAUUGCUGGUGAAGUUUCUGGAAGAUCAUUGUCUGAAAGUGAAUCGUACUACAGAAAAUGAAGCUUGCAAGGAGAAAGGCGAAGAAGAAUCCAUUGGUUUAGCUUUUGAUUUCGUUUAUUUGCCCAUUGAUUUCAAAUCUAGGAUGAACAAGGGAUACGCUUUUGUGAACUUCACUAAGCCCCAGGCAGCUCGGAAGUUUCGUAACACAGCCUCCAGAUUGAAAUGGGACAUGUUCCAGUCUAACAAGAUACGUGAAGUGGUUUCUGCACGUUUACAAGGGAAGGAACAAUUGGAGAAACACUUCGAAACGAUGAACUUUCCUUGUGACUCCGAGGAUGUUUUGCCCGUGAGCUUUAGCCCACCUCGCGAUGGUGUAAACAAGGGAGAUCAAAGGACUAUGGGGAAUCUUAUGAAGCGCCAACAUGUUUGA